UGGUUAUUUCUGCAAUUGACGAAAUGAACUGUUUUGUAAACAAAAUAAAAAAGUCAUCUGGAACUCUUCAAUUUGCUGUGCUUAUCUUGCCUUUCCAAGAAUGGAAAACUCGAUCACUCUUGACCGACUUUCCCGAUACUCCUCGCCUAUAACUACCCCCUGUGUCGUGGCGAUACUCCGCGUCCGCACGCGUUGAUGUGUGCAAUCCAGUUUCUCAUACUAUAGUGGACGGCGGCACCCGUACGUUACGAUUUGAUUUGACCCGAAACAAAUCUAACCUUACACUAGAAUAUUCAUCCAUUUGUAGUUGUCUUUUUGCCGUCUCAAAUACAGAAACUGCUUACUGCCCAAGUACUCUGCUGCUCUACGGAAAACGAACAUGGCGUUGGCGUGUGAUGUAUGCUUCAGCUAUUUUGACUUGGCUCGCCAUCGACCCAAGUCUCUACCCUGUGGACACACCAUUUGUUCAGUCUGUGCGCUGCAUCCUGCACUAGGGAGAAAAUGUCCAACUUGCAGAAAGGACCUGGAGACCGACGCUGGUGACCUCCCCGACAACAUCCUGGCGAUUCGGAUGAUGGAGGGAGCAGAGGGCGCCGCACCCCACGACGCCAGGGUGCGGCAGGUGCAGCAGCUGCAGCGGGGCGUGGAGGUGGGGCGCCAGGUGGUGCAGCAGCUGCGGCGCCUGGUCCCCGUGGCGGUGGAGGCCCUGAACAACCAGCUGGCCUCGUCGGUCGCCCAGCUGCGGCAGAUGGAGCAGGCUCUCGAGAGGCUGCAGCUGGCAGGUGAGGAGAGUGUCUCUCUGGACCCGAGGACCGCGCAGCAGCUGCAGGGGGCGGCGUACCAGGAGGACAGCCUGCGUCUGCUCUCCUCAAAGUCCAGCAAAGUCAGUGUCGUGGCGGAGGAGGGCGAGGCCACCUGGCGAGCCUCUGUGCAACUGGGUUCAUUUGACCAAGUUGUUCGCCUUGUUCUUCUUCAGCUUCUGUCGGACGGCCAGCUGCACAAGGUUGACCCGUACGUGGGGCCGCCGAAGCUCUCAGUCUUCUCCAUCGAUGACAAAGAUGUCGACCGGGAGGGCUUAUUUCUGAAUGUAAAUAACAUCCUACAAGAUCGUCGGCGAUGGAGAAAUACACGCAUCCUGAAAAACUUUAGAGGUGGUUGCGCGGAGGACCUGUUGCAAGCCAUGACGCCGUACCUUAAUCUUGAGGAGAUUGAGCUCCACACACUUGAGCCGGCGGUCUUGGUGCAGGUGGAGAAUUUGACGUCGCUCAAGAAACUGAUAGUCUGUUGCCAACCCGGCUUGGAGGGCUACCCGGACCUCCCCCUGCAGCUGGAGGAGCUCUCGAUAACCCAUCCCACCGAGAACCAGUUGUACUGCCUGCAGCGAAUGUCCAAGCUACGCAGCCUGGAGGUACGCCAUUACUGGCAUGGCCAAGAUGUGUCCUUCCCGCCCUCUCCAAGUAGAGCGCUGUUGUGGCUGGGCGUGGCCUUCAAUAAAGAUCGCAAGUCCACCAUGCUGUCCUUGAUCAAUUCCCACGCCGCCUCACUGCAGGAGCUCCAGGUCAGAUGCUCAUAUGAACAUGGCUGUACCUACUUCCCCCACCUGGGCCGCGAGCUGGCUGGGUGCCGCCUUCGGGCCCUCAGGCGCCUCGUCCUGGAGCGUCCGCUUCUUGGUGCCCUCGACAAGUGCCCGGAGACAGACGCCUGCCGCCUGCAACUGCAAACCAUUCGCCGCUCCCUACCCGAGACCGUCGACGUGCUCUGCAUGCAUUGCGACAAGUCUGCGCUCUAGAGGAGUGUGUGUGUGUGUCGCAUUGAACCAUUAAAUAUACGUUGAAUUCGUCAUGUA